AAAAAAAUAAAAAGAAAGAAAGUGUGGACUCAUAUUUUUAAUUCUCUCUCGACUCUACGCCCUCACUCUACCAUUUCCUCUACUACAAGCCGCCAGCCGGCGACCGCCGACCACAUCCUUCCGAAUCACCAAUUUCCGGCGAAGAAGUAAGCGCCGAACCCUAGCUCCGCCCUCACGGCAGGCACCUCUUCUCCCGUAGUCACCGCACUUCUCUCACUGCUGCCGAAGUUGCUGAGAUUUUCCUCAUGAAUAAAGAGAUGAGUUCUUUCUCAAUCACUCGGAAGAAGACUCCUUUUCAGAAGCAUAGAGAAGAAAAAGAAGCAAAAAAGAAGAGGGCAGAAGAUGAAACAGCUCGUUUAUAUGAGGAGUUUCUCGAGUCAUUCCAAGGAGAGGAUCUUCCAGGCUCUAAGGCCUUUGUACGAGGCGGUUUGAUCAAUCCUAAUGAGAAAGUAAAAGCUGAUUCUGAAGGUGGAAAUUCCAAAGAUGGUGUAUCUGGUUCAAAGAAGGGAAGUAGAUAUGUUCCAUCAUUCUUACCGCCACCAAUGGCAGCUAAAGGCAGAGAAUAUGAGAGAGAGGAAUCUAGAGAGAAGUUAAAGGAAAAAGAGAAAGGAAGAAUGAGAAAUAUUGACAACUUUAUGGAGGAGUUAAAGCAUGAGCAAGAGUUGAGAGAGAAGAGACAUCAAGAACGUGACAAAUGGCGUGAUGGGCGUCAAGAUGAACUCUCUGCUCCACUUACUCGAUUUGAUGAGCUGCCCGAUGAAUUUGAUGCUAGUGGGAGGGGAUCUUUUGACGAUGGUGAUCCACAAACAACAAAUCUCUAUGUUGGAAAUUUAUCGCCGAAGGUUGAUGAGAAUUUUCUUUUGCGGACUUUUGGGAGGUUUGGACCUAUUGCUAGCGUAAAAAUCAUGUGGCCAAGGACAGAAGAGGAACGAAGGCGGCAAAGGAAUUGUGGGUUUGUUGCCUUUAUGAAUAGGGGUGAUGCACAGGCUGCUAAGGAUGAAAUGCAAGGGGUGGUUGUCUACGAAUAUGAAUUAAAGAUUGGAUGGGGUAAAUCAGUUGCUCUUCCAUCACAAGCGCUACCUGCACCUCCACCUGGUCAUAUGGCAAUCAGAAGUACAGAGGGUAGCACUGUUAUCUUGUCUGGUUCAGGCACCCCUGUGGCACCUGUCCCAAAUCAAAACUCUGAGCUGGUCCUUACUCCUAAUGUCCCAGAUAUAACAGUUGUGCCUCCCGAAGAUAGACAUCUCCACCAUGUCAUUGAUACCAUGGCUUUAUAUGUUUUAGAUGGAGGAUGUGCUUUUGAACAAGCAAUAAUGGAGCGUGGACGGGGAAAUCCUCUUUUUAGUUUCUUGUUUGAGCUUGGCUCAAAGGAACAUAUGUACUACGUUUGGAGGCUUUAUUCCUUUGCUCAGGGUGACACUCUCCAGAGAUGGAGAACAGAGCCUUUCAUUAUGAUAACGGGUAGUGGAAGGUGGGUUCCACCUUCUCUUCCUACAGCUAAAAGCCCAGACCUGGAGAAGGAAUCAGGCGCAACAUAUGCCGCAGGAAGAAGCAGGCGUGUUGAGCCUGAAAGGACACUUACAGACUCACAGAGGGAUGAAUUUGAGGAUAUGCUGCGUGCUUUAACAUUAGAGAGAAGCCAGAUUAAAAACGCUAUGGGAUUUUCCUUGGAUAAUGCUGAUGCUGCAGGCGAGAUAGUUGAAGUCUUAACAGAAUCUUUGACUCUGAAGGAAACACCAAUACCCACAAAAGUUGCAAGAUUGAUGCUUGUGUCUGACAUCCUUCAUAAUAGCAGCGCUCCUGUGAAGAAUGCAUCUGCUUAUCGUACAAAAUUUGAGGCGACAUUGCCUGACAUAAUGGAGAGCUUCAAUGACUUGUACCGCAGCGUAAGUGGUAGAAUCACUGCUGAAGCUCUCAAGGAAAGGGUGUUGAAAGUGCUUCAAGUUUGGUCAGACUGGUUUUUAUUUUCAGAUGCGUAUGUAAAUGGAUUGCGAGCUACUUUUCUCCGACCUAGCACUUCUGGGGUCAUCUCUUUUCAUUCCAUAUGUGGUGAUGCACCAGAACUGGAAGAAAAGGCUGGUCGCCCUGAAAAUGCAAGUGAUGGGGAUAAGGCUAACCAGGAUGUGGCAUUGGCUAUGAGCAAGGGGGCUGCUAUGAAAGAGCUGUUAAGUCUUCCCCUUUCUGAGCUGGAGAGGCGUUGUAGACACAAUGGACUUUCACUUGUUGGAAGUAAAGAUAUGAUGGUUGCAAGGUUGCUUUAUCUUGGAGAAGCGGAGAAGCAACGGGGAUCUGAACUGGAAGAGGACUUGAAAUAUGUACAAAAACCAAGCUCAGGUAGAUAUGCAAAUGUACAGAGAGAUGUGAAUGUUGAGAUGGAGGCUGCAGGAUCAUCAACAUGGAGCUAUCAUGGCGAUCGUGAAAUGAUAUCCGAAGCACGAGAAUCUGACACUCUGCCACAAGCACUUUCCAUUCCGCAGCCUGAGCUGAAAGCAUUUUCAAAGAAAGAGAAAGGGGAGACUGUUCUGCCGGCCUCAAAGUGGGCUAGAGAAGAUGAUGAUGACGAGCCUAAGCACAGUUCUAGAGGUCUGGGGUUGGGUUACUCAUCUUCCGGGAGUGAGAAUGCUGCAGAUGAUCUUUUUAAUGCUGAAGAUAAUGAGUAUGUAGCUCAGACUAGUACUACCACUCAACCUGAAAUCAGUAUAAACGAAGAACAGAGGCAAAAAUUGAGACGUCUGGAAGUUGCACUGAUAGAAUACCGGGAAUCUCUCGAGGAGGUAAGUGUGAAAAGUGUGGAGGAAAUUGAGAAGAAGGUUGCAUUGUAUAGAAAACGUUUGGAAUCAGAGUACGGGUUGUUAGAUUCAAAUGAAGAUCUUCACAGGAGUAAAAAAUCUUCAGAGAGAAGAGACAAAAAAGAUGAUGGGCGGGAAUCUUCCAGAAAACGGCAUCGUAGCAGGAGUCGAAGUGGGAGCCCGCCACGCAGAGGAUCAAAUAGAGCGAAGGAAGAUGUUGAUAGGGAUUACCGUGCUAAGGAAAGGGCUAAAUCUCAAGAUUCAGACAGCGAAAGGGUCAGGGACAGAAACAAGGACCGUGAGACAAGUGGAGGUCUUGAGAGAGAUAGAGGCCAAGAGAGAGACAAGGAUAGAAGACGAAGAAUAAAGUGAUAGUUGUAGUUAGCCAUUUCGUCUGGUAUGAACUAUAGCUUGAGUUACUUAACAAGGAUAUCUUAGACUGUAAGCUCGCGAGUUGCAGAUGGAUAUUGCUUUGAACUUGAAUGAAAGAAAAAUUGCUCCAAAUAUUCGUGUAGAAAUUGUAGAACUGUGCGGGAACUCCCUCUAUUUUGCUGGAUACGUAGGAAAAUUUAGUUCCCGCCUUAUUUGUUGUUGGGCCUUCAUUAAGUCGCUGAAUUGUUAUUAUGGUCGUAGGUACGACCCCCUUUGUGCUAUUAAAAAUGGUUCACCAGUCCAUUUUUGGGAUGCAUAAAUGUGCAUCCACCUUCAAAGUGUUAUGAAGUAGUUGCAAUACUGUGGGGUGCUAAA